GUCGUCGGCCGCGUAUCGUUUAGUAAACAGCCUCAUUCCAACUUUUAUUUAUUGCAUUUUUAUCCUUUUAUAUAUAUAUUUAUAUUUGCUAUGAACCCCAUUCCAACACAAGAGGCACCGCAAUUGCUGUGGCCUACCAAGAAAGGCACUGCAACAACCACAACUUCGGCAGAGGUUGUUAAUAGCACCAUCACAGCCAGUGACUUGCCUCAACCACAGAACUCCAAUCAUAUCAGCACAGCUCCAUUCAAAGAUAAACUACUGACAAACUCCUCUUAUCUGGCAGCGGAAAUUCCUCUCAAACUUGGUCAUUUUAUGUCAAACCUAUGGACGUCUGGUUCAGAACUAUCGAGUUCGCUCUUCCUUCAAAGAGACGCCUCCAACUCUGGCCAGCUCCCGACAUCUCUCUGGCUGAUUGGACAGCGAUACGAACUACCAGAUCAUCACUUCAAUGUCCAAGAGAACAUGCUUGAGGCACAGAGUGAAGACAUGCAACAGAUAAAGCAAUUGACUGAAAUAUCUGAUAGUAGUGAUCAAACGGAACCCAAAACUAGGCCAUCGCCGCAGUUCUCCAUGUCGUUGAUGUGGCCGCCUGACUUCUAUGCCGAUUUCACAUCCCGCCUCUGGAUGACCUACCGACACAAUUAUCCACCCAUCCGACCUUCUAAUCACACUACUGAUAUUGGCUGGGGGUGUAUGCUACGGAGUGGUCAAAGUCUUUUAGCGAAUGCAUUGAUGAUACACAUGCUGGGAAGAGGUAGCUCUGCUCAUAUACAAAAGGUCUAUGAUAAUAAUUUUCGUUUUGUCUUAGAUUGGAGGCGCACAAAACCUGAAGAUCCAUCAUGGAAAGAAUAUAGAAAGAUUGUACAUUGGUUUUUGGAUGAACUGUCACCACGUGCACCAUUCUCCAUUCAUCGCAUUGCUCUUCUUGGCAAACAACUAGGAAAGAAUAUUGGUGAAUGGUUUGGCCCAAGUACUAUUAGCCAAGUUAUUCAAGCAUUAGUAUCUGAUUUUCCUCCCGCUGCCAUGGCAGUAUGUAUAGCCACUGAUGGUGUAAUCUAUCAUGAAGACGUACGUGAUGUAGCAACUGGAAAGAAACCACGAGGCGAAUUUGGCUAUCUAUCAUCCCGGCUUCAUGACCUACAAUCUGAAGAUUCUGGAAGAGCAGAGGCUAUGGCUAUUUAUAACAGAUACAAUCCACCAAAUAUACCAUCACACGUAUCGGAAGGUGUGUUUAAGCCAGUCUUAUUGCUAGUUGCCCUUCGACUGGGAAUAGAUAGUCUCCACCCAACAUACCACGCCGCGUUAAAGGCGUGUUUUGAACUACCUUGUUUUGUUGGCAUUGCUGGCGGUCGACCCAAUUCAUCUUUGUAUUUUAUUGGUCUUCAGGGAGAUGAGCUUAUCUAUUUAGACCCUCAUUUCUCACGUCCAGCCCUUGAGACUAAGAAUGUGUCCGAGUAUUCAGAAAAGGCAAGUGAUUUUGACCGGGACUUGAGCACAUACCACUGUCCCAUUCCCCGAAAAAUACACAUCACACAGGUAGAUCCCUCGAUGCUCUUGGGAUUCUAUUGCCAAACACAAGAAGACUUUGACAUAUUUUGUAGCCAGAUAUCGGAGAUCUCAAAGCAUUGUACACCAAUAUUUACAGUCGAACAACGAGCACCCGAAUAUGACGAGGACGUACGAAGUGAGAAUGACUUUGGUAUUGUGAGCGAUGAAGAAGAAGAAUUGGAAAAAUCAAAACUAGAGGAUGAAGAUGAAGAUGCGCUAUUCAAUGUUGUGUAGUAAACCUCGAAUAGUUUCGUUUCCUUCUAUCCCUAAAACAAAACAAAAAAAAACACCUUUUCUUUUCUCUUUUCCUUUUACAUGUUACUAUUGUUUUUUACCUCUUCCUCUCUCAUGUUAAAUAUAUAUAUAUAUAUAUAUAUAUAUAUAUAUCUACCUUUAUAUAUAUAUAAUUCUCUCUUAACCAC